GAGAGAGAGAGAGAGAGAGAGAGAGAGAGAGAGAGAGAUGGAGCUUUAGAAUCAUCUCAAGGAGGGCAGAAGUGCAGCUGUCACCCUGAGCAAAGACACGCGUCUGUGAAAUCAUCGGAUGUAAAAAUGGGCUUUCUGAGGACAGCCAGUCUUCUCCUGGUGUUCCUGGGCCAGUGCCACCUCUACCCUUUUUGUGUUGUGCCCACCGAUCAGAUGAAACUGGUGACAACGUUUCUCACCAAAAUAUUGCAGUCUGAAGUGGACAAGGUCAGCAAUGGGAAUGAACCGAGUGCCAGUGUGGUGCUGAGCCUGAGGCUGGCACAACAGCACAACCUCUUCUUGGAACAGGGCCUACUGGAAAGACUGGAAGAGAAUGUGGCCAAUCCAAACAAAACCGACCCACUGGCUCUAUAUGUUUUGGCCAUUCAGUCGUUCUGCAAAGACCCCUCUCUCAUUCCCGCCCCUAUGCUGCUAGAUGACUACCUGAAAGUGACACCGAUUUUGUUUGAGGAGCUCAACAAAGAAUUGUGCCAUAUAGGGAGUCAAGGCAAACCUCUCACCAGCUACUUCAACAUCUUUCAGGAUGUGUUAGCGUUGUGCCUCAUGGGUCAGAAGUUUGUUAUCCAGACAGUAAACAGCCUCCUAUGGUCUGUGGACUACAACCAGCUUGGGGAGGAUGGAAAAUUGUCUGUGGAUACUGACUCCAUGGCCAUUAUUGCAUUGACAUGUUUGCGUCAGUCAUUGUCACCUCGGACAGCGGCUUACAUAAGAGCCCAAAUACAAACUACUCUUGAAAUGCUGUUCCACCAGGUUCUUGCAACAAGACAGACAAAUGGCUUGUUUGGAGACCUUUAUAGCACAGGCCUGGCCUUACAGGCUUUAUCAGUGAACUAUGUUGACUUUGACUGCAAGACCACUAUGCAGACCCUCCUUCAGGAGAUUUCUUUGGGAGCCUUUGACAACUCCAUAGCAGCAUCCUUGAUUAUUCCCACUCUAAGUGGGCGCACCUACCUGGACAUAAAUAAACUGAAAUGUUCAACUGACCAAGACAAUCUUCCACUGACUGAUUCUGACACUGCUUCUUCUGGCAAUAUUACUGUAUACUACACAGUGAUAGACGACGUGAGCAACACAUUCAGGGACAGUAUCAUCGUCAGCCUUCCAGUGGGGUCUACUCUACUAGAUGUCUUAAAAAAAGCUGCUGCCAUGUCUCCAGAGAAAUUCAGGUCAGGCCCCAAUGUGAUAUCGCAGAAACUCUUUAAGCCAGCAUCACGCUACACUACAGCAGUCGAUAUAACAUUUAGUCAAAGGGCAUGCCAUAUUCAAUUUGUGCAGCUGCGGAAUAUUGUUGUCUCUGAGAGAGUGAAAUUAUAUGAAUAAGAAUUGCAGGGUGCA